AUGUCUGAUCAGGAAGCAAAACCUUCAAAUGAGGACUUGGGAGAUAAGAAGGAAGGAGAAUACAUUGAACUCAAAGUCAUUGGACAGGAUAGCAGUCAGAUCCACUUCAAAGUGAAAAUGACAACAUAUCUCAAGAAACUCAAAGAAACAUACAGUCAAACACAGGGGGUUCCAAUAAAUUCAUUAUGGUUUCUCUUUGAAGGUCAGAGAAUGGCUGAUAAUCACACUCCAAAAGAACUAGGAAUGAAGGAAGAAGAUAUAAUUGAAGUUUAUCAUGAACAAACAGGGGGUCAUUCAACAAUUUAG